GGCUCUGAGCGUUUUUCAAGUCAGUCAGUCAGUCAGUGGCAGUGCUCAGUGAGUCAGUGACGCGGAGACGCCGCACGCAGCGGACGUUUCAAAAAUGUAUACUUUAUUAAAACUUGUGUUCGCGGCGUCAUCAGUGUUAUGCGUCGUAAACGGACAAGCAGAUUACUUCGAAAAUCUCUGCUUCACUCCAAUGCAAGAAGAAGGCCAGUGCAUAUCGCUUGACAAUUGUGAGCAACUGAAACCGCUCAUCACCAAAUCAAGGGAAACUUUAAAACAAUAUCACUGCGGAUGGGAAGGAACAGUUCCUAAGGUAGGAUCGGCGGGAAACGUCCCAAAGGUGUGUUGUCCAUCUCCAACUACAACGACUACUACAACUACGACGACUACAACAACUGUAGCUCCAGUACCACUAGAUGCCUGUGUCACACGGGAGGGGAAAUUCGGUUCGUGUGUACCACUGAAAAAUUGUACACACAUAACAAAGAUGUUGGCAACGAAAACAGCACAAAGUUUGGAUUAUUUCACACGGUCUAAAUGUGAGGGACCUGUAUUAGGACAAGCAUACGUAUGCUGUGACUCACACAUCCGUCCCAGUUCCGAAGUGGUGUCCAGAGACGGCGCGUGUUCCCAGUCAAGCCUCCCAUGGACACCCGAAAGCACAUGUUGUGGCAAAGAGAGCUUCAGUGGAAAUAAAGUUUUUGGUGGCAACGAGACCGCUAUAGACCAAUACCCAUGGCUGGCUGUACUUGAGUACACAAGAAAACAGCUCUGCGGAGGAUCGUUAAUAAGCAACAAAUAUGUGUUGACUGCAGCGCACUGUGUCUUGAAUAAAUCGAAUAAACCGCGAGGAGUGGUGUCAGUUCUCCUCGGUGAAUACAACAUCACAAACAACGGAAGCGACUGUACGCCAGUAGAGGGCGGCGGUGAGGACUGCACUCCCGGCGCCGUGAGAGUGCCGGUAGAGGCGGCCAUCCCACAUCCCGAAUACAACACACAGAAGAUAGUCCAAUAUGCUAACGACAUUGCAUUGCUUAGACUUAAAGAAAUGGUGACUUUUAAUGAUUUCAUCCGGCCAAUCUGCUUGCCUUCGUCAGACAUAACAAAAGCCCCACCGGUGGGCUUUCAAUUCUUCGUGGCUGGAUGGGGAGCUGUGAGCGAAAUCCAGCCUUCCAGCGAUGUAAAGAUGUACACCAACCUUCCAUACGUUACCCACGAGACAUGUCGUACAGCUUUUCGUACGCUGCAAGGCUCGCUUAUAUGGGAUCGUCAGAUUUGUGCCGGGGGCGAAGCUAACAAGGACUCGUGCAAGGGUGACUCCGGGGGCCCGUUGAUGUACGACAACGACAGUAUCCAUGAAGUCGUUGGCGUAGUCAGCUUCGGCUUAUUGCAGUGCGGACUCGAGAAACCCAGUGUUUACACCAAAGUCAUCGAAUACGUGCCGUGGAUCAUGGACAAUACUAAAAUAUAAACAUUAGGUACCUAUACUAAAGCCAAACUCGAUGAGGAAUGUUUAUCAACAAACAGAUUAAAAAUGAGGGUAUCAAUCGCUAGUUUUAUAACAACAACUAAUAAUUUUAAUUGUUGUUUUAAAGAUGAAAAAAUAAGAAUGAAAAUAUGACAUGCGUUUCCUACAUUAAUUUUUAUUGUGUUUGUUGAUAAACGUUCCACAUCGAAUUUGGCUUUAGUAUAUUUAGUAAUAGUACGUAAAACUUUAUCAGUGAUUUUAGGUAUACGAAAAUCGGUGUGAAACGAAUUCGUGUUAUCUACGAGUAUAAUAUAAAAAUGAGUCGCUAAAAUGUGUUGCUAAGCGCAAUCUCGAGAACGUCUGAACCGAUUUGGUUAACUCUUCUUUUUAGAAAAUUCCUUGAAGUACGACGAUGGUUUGUAAGAAGAGUUUUUUUAGGGUAGGGUAGGGAAGAAGCGCACAUAAGUCAAAGCGAAGCUUGAACGACUCCGUUAGUUACUAAAAAAACACAAUAGAAUCUAAACUUAGUUGUAACUGAAAAUAUCUAAAUAUUGCAUCGAUCUCCCAUUAAAAAGUGGAUGCACAACCAGCGACCAAAAAACGUCCCCACUCAAUGAUGCCAAACACAACUUCUUGGCACUCAAUUCAAGUAGUAGCAUUUGCAUAUUCAACCUUAAACUCAAUCUUUAAAGGUCGAAUUUGCUCUGAAUUUGUGAUAUUAUUGAAUAUCGCACUAUAUUUGAAGGUCUUUAAGUAUAAUUUUCUUUAUCAAUAAUUCUAAAACUGUCAAGCAAAUCUGGCCAGUAUUUAAGUGAAAUUUUCUACAUGAUUGUGCGACCUUUUAUUAUAAGAGGUCAAUGAAAUAUUAAAAUCAUUUUGAUAAAAGUGUGUAGGUAUUUCUUGAUAAUAAAAUUAAUUUGAUGAAUAAAAUAGUGAAUUUCUUCUAAUAAAAUAAAUAAUUUGUCAAAAUUCACUUAUACAUAUAAUAUAUAUUAUUAUUUGUAUGAGUGAAAUUAUAUAUAUUGAAUUCUAUUAAAAAUUAAGAAACUGAGAUUUUAGAAUGAAUAGUACCUACCGUAUUUUCCUCAUACACUGACACAAAAAACAAAAUGGCCGACUCAAAUACAAAGUAAUCACGAUCUCAUUUCGUAUACUUACUUACCUGUGUAUUAGCAUAAUUAAUAAUUUAUUUAUUCAUGUUACUGUCAAAAUGUAACGAAAAAAGUACGCUAUAGGUAAGUAUUAAUAGUAAUAAAAUAUAUAAGAUAUUUUUGACAA